AUGGCUGAAAUUUUCAUCUCCAUAGCUGCCAAGAUCUCGGAAUAUGCGGUGGAUUUAGCGAUACGUCAAGGACAGUAUCUGUUUCGUGCUGGAAGAUUCAUUAAGAAUCUUGAAAAAGAAAAGCAGAAGCUGAUUUCAACUCUAGGUAGUGUGCAGAAAAGAGUUGAAGCAACUGAUAAAACAGAACAAGUCAAAGAUUCUGUUCUGAAGUGGAUCAAUGAAGCCGAAAAGCUUGUAGAAGAGAGUCUAAUAAAUCUGAACAAAAAUGGUCAAUUUGAUACUAUUUCCUUCCCUGCUCCAAUUCCAGGCAGUGAGUAUUUAUAUCCUGGAAACAUUGUUUACUUCAAAUCCACAAAAAAAGCUCCGGAUCAAAUUUUGGAGGCGUUGCAAGAUGAUAGUAUCAAUUUGAUUGGACUCUAUGGAAUGGGAGGUUCUGGUAAGACAAUACUGGUGAAAGUAGUUGGUAACAAGGCCAAGACUAUGAAUCUUUUCGACCGAGUUGUGCUUGCCACUGUGUCACAAACUCCGGAUAUCAAAGUGAUUCAGAAGGAAAUUGCUGAAUUGAUGGGGCUGAAAUUUUCUGAAGAAAAUAAAGCAUCAAGAGCAAUAAGAAUAUCUUUGGGUCUGCAAAGUAAACAGAGAAUUCUUGUGAUCUUGGAUGAUGUUUGGGCUAAGCUCAAGCUUGAAGAUAUUGGAAUUCCUUGUGAAGAGGGUAACCAAUGCAGCUGCAAGGUCCUUUUGACUACGCGUCUGCGUGGAGUUUGCACCUUGAUGAACUGUCAAAGAGAGAUUCCUUUACAUCUCUUGUCAGAAGAGGAAGCUUGGAUAUUUUUCAAAGAGUAUUCAGGAAUAGGUGACAAUUCGCCAUCCGAGGUAUUAAAGGUGGCCUCAAAUGUUGCUAUGGAAUGUAAAGGGUUACCAAUCGCAAUUGAAGCAGUGGGAUCUUCCAUGAAAAAGAAGCCUAUUGAGGUCUAGAAGGCAGCAUUAUACAGUCUGAAACAUUCAAAGCCAAUGGAUGUUGAAGAUGGAGUGAGAGAUGCCUUC